AUGCCACCUUUGCCUACUUUAUUGAACGAUUGUAUUGUUAAAACAACUAUCAAAAUUAAUCAAAGUAAUGUACAAACUUUCUGCAAAUACUGUAUUGAUGUUUUGGGAGAAGAAGAAGGGAAAAAAACCUAUUUUCCAAAUAAGAAAGAUCAGAUAAUAUUACAUUUAAUAAAAUGUAAUAAUUUCCUUAGUGCAACUACACCUGAAAAGCAAGCAGAAAUAUUCGCAUCUGCUGAUAAUUUAUCUACAAAAAAAAGAUUAUUAGAUAAUGAACAAUCUUUAAAUUCAUCUCGAAAAACAAUUGUUCGUUCAGAAUCUUAUGGUCCAAUAGAUAAUUAUAUUGUUCGGGCUUUAUCAAAAGAAGAUUGCAAACAAUUUAAUAAACUUUUACUUAAAAUGACAGUUUCUUACCGCAGAACCUUAGGUAAUCAAAUAUUAAAUGAGAUUGUUAAUGAUGCUAAUAAAGAAAUGGAAACUGUACUGAAGAAAGAUCCAGGGAGACCUUAUGUUUGGAAGGCUGUUGAUAUUAGUUCUGAACGCGAAAAGCAUCAAGAUGUUAUAAAUAAAACUGAACUAAUGAUUGUAGAAUUAGAAUCAUUAGGCAUUAAAGUUUGUGCUAUUGUUACAGAUAGUGCAGGUGCUUAUGCAGCUGCAAG